AUGGGAGGCGGCGGCAAACCCCAGAACAUCUUCAGACUUCGCCUGGGUGAAGACCCACGCGAAGUACUGAACUGGCGACUAUGGUUCGCCGUGCUGAGCUUUGGGAUUAUGGGUGCGGCACGCGGUAUUGACGAAGGCCUCGUCAACGGAACCUUCAAGACGAAGCACUUCCAAAACAGCCUACACCUCAAGGCGCUGAGCGCAUCCGAGUACGCGAACGUCCACGGCAACGUCGUCGGCAUGGUGCAAAUCGGCAGCGUCGUCGGUGCCCUCCUCGCCUUCGUCGUCGCCGACCGCAUCGGUCGCCUCUGGGCCACCCGCCAACUCUGCCUCCUCUGGAUCCUCGGCAUCGUCAUCUUCCUCACCAACGGCGGCCGCCUCGGCCAAGUCUACGCCGGGCGCUUCAUCGCAGGCAUCGGCAUCGGCGAGACGACCGUCAUCGCGCCCGUCUACAUCGCCGAGAUCGCCCCGCGCAGCGUGCGCGGUCUCUGCACUUGCGUCUUCGCGGGCUCGGUAUACAUCGGGAUCAUGCUUGCCUAUUUCGCUGUCUGGGGGAGCUCGUUACACCUUAACCAGAACAGCCCCAAAGCCUGGAUCAUCCCUACCUCGAUCCACCUGAUGUUCGCCGGCUUGAUCUUCAUCCUAUCGUUCUUCAACUACGAGUCCCCGCGCUACCUCGUCAAGCAAGGCAAGACCGAGCACGCCAUCACCAAUCUGGCCCGCAUCCGUGGCCUGCCCGCUGACCACGAGGUCGUCGUGCGGGAAAUCCGAGAUAUUCAGAAGCAGUUGGAAGAAGAGCAGGAAGCGACGAUGGGUGGUGGUUUCUUCGGCGUGGUCAAAGAGAUCUUCCUCAUUCCGAAGAACGCCUUCCGCUUGUAUCUUGGCCUUGGCACGCAGCUGCUGUCGCAGUGGAGCGGUGCGAGCUCGAUUACCAUCUACGCCGUCGACUUUUUUGCGCUUCUGGGCACCAAGGGUCAGAGGGAGUCUUUGUUCGCAACGGCCAUCUUCGGCGUCGUCAAGUUCGUGGCCGCCAUCACCUGCGCCCUCUUCCUCGUCGACGUCAUUGGCCGGAAGCGCAGCUUGAGCAUCGGUAUCGCUCUGCAAGCCAUCGCUAUCCUCUACAUAGCAUCCUUCCUGACGGCCGUGCCGAAUCUGGGGGAAGAAGGGUACAAACUCACGGCCAGUCAGAAGCCGGCUUCCGUGGGCGCGAUCGUGAUGAUUUACGUUUCCGGCUUUGGGUGGGCGAUGGGCUGGAACUCGGUGCAAUACCUCAUCAACGCCGAAAUCUACCCCCUGCGCAUCCGCGCCAUCACGAGUUCGGUGGUGAUGUGUUUCCACUUCAUAAACCAAUGGGCCAACUCCAAAGCCGUGCCCACCAUGCUGCUCGACCCGGCCCAGGGCGGCCUGUCGGCCAAGGGCACCUUCUGGCUCUUCUUCGCCAUCACCGCCAUCGGAGGCGUGUGGGUGUGGUUCACCAUCCCCGAGACGGCGGGACUGUCGCUCGAGCAGAUGGAUCAUGUGUUUUCUUUGCCGUGGUGGAAGAUUGGGCUGUUUGGGCGUAGGGAGGCGGAGGUGCAGUUUCAGAUUGAGCGGGAGAGGGAGUUGGAGGAGAAGGUUGAGCCCCUGCAGGUGGAGAGGGUGGAGGCGGGGGGGAAGGUGUAG